GAUGGGAAUUCACAUGACGAUACUGGCAUUCAGUAGAUUUGUCUUUCGCCUGUGUUAUCACCAGUAUAUGUCUAGACGCUCUUGCUCGGGCACAGAUCGACGUCUGUGCAAUGCGCAUGCGAGCAAACCUACUAGCUGUGGAAAAACCAGACAACUGGCUAACUUCAACAUGACACGCUCAAUUACCAAUGCACAUUCGUGCAUACAGAAUGUGCACAGUAGAACACGUGGCUAUACCAUCUGCACUACAGUAUUCUAAAACCGAAUGUUCUUCCUGCCUUAUCGUCACAGUAGCUAUUCUGAGUGAGACGUAAUGGUUGUAGCAUGUUAUUGUUACCAUGUUUAGCCUAUUGUCCUUUUUAUUGUUAUUCGCUGUUAUCAUUGUAUCUUUUAAUUUUAUUACAACCAUAAUUUAAAAAGCCAGGGAGAAGACACAGUCUGCUACAUCCUUCUGUGUCUAUCAGAGUAAAUUCGGAGUAAACUGAACUUCGUUUGAGUAAAUUCCUUUGCCUUCUGUACAGAAAGAUUCUACUACUGAUAUACAUCUAAAGCUACUGCAAAUUGGACCGUUUUGGGUGUCAGGGAAAAUGUAUGGUGUAAAAAGUACAUUAUUUUCUUUGGGAAUGUAGUAAAGUAAAAAUGGGCAAAAAUAUAAAUAGUACAGAUAUCCCAAAAAACAACUUAAGUAGUACUUUCAAGUAUUUUUACUUAAGUACUUUACACUACUGGAUAGCAGGACAACACCAGAUAAUAGUAAUAUAUCAUUAUGUGAUGUCAUGAGUAGAAUAAUAGAAUAUUCCAUGUUUUUGAUCAUACCCUCACAUUAACAAUGCUGUUCAAACAAAAGCUAACAAUGUAUGGAAAAUUACUUGCUUUUAUAUGGUCGUGUGGGGUAUGAACUGGUAUUAGCUAGCUUUGACUGGUUUGUCCGGCUGUGCCUCAUUCUCCUAGGUGCAGUUGGAUGCCACGUAAAGCCCAUUACUAUUGUAUAGGUAAGACUCAACACAGGAAGGCAGGACAGAGGAUGCCUAAACCUUAUGUAAUAUUGUUUACGAGGUGGCAGGGUAGCCUAGUGGUUAGAGCGUUGGACUAGUAACCGAAAGGUUGCAAGUUCAAAUCCCCAAGCUGACAAGGUACAAAUCUGUUGUUCUGCCCCUGAACAAGGCAGUUUAGCCCACUGUUCCUAGAAAAUAAGAAUUUGUUCUUAACUGACUUUCCUAGUAAAAUAAAGGUAAAAUAAAAGUCACGUGACUAAGGGUAUAUAAGAUGACAGCAGUAUGUGUACUGGCAUAAUUCAUUAUAAAGUAAUGGAUUUGGUGUAUAAAUAAUAUUGUUAAAUACAGAGAUACCAGUCACAUCACUGUGAUUCCCAAGUGGAAACAGUGACUCAUUAAUCUGUGAACAAAUAUUUCAGAGAGAAUAACCCAGAUCAUUUGAAUGGGCUGAAACUAUUUUUGCAUCUCAGCUGUGGGAAUUUCAGCUGUGUCACUCUGGUUAGAGACAGAAAACCACCUCAUCCUGUCCAGACAACUGCAAAUAGACGUAUCAAACCUCUUCUUUAUAUGAAUAUACGCAUAUAAAGGUAGACCAAAAAAAAGCAUUUCACAGACCGACAUAUAGUAGAAUAACAAUACAAUAAAUAUUAGUUGCUCUAGUUUGAGGUGGUUCUCACCUCUUCUUGAAAGUCACGAGUCAUGACUGUCUUAUGGCAGACUAACGUCUGCAAAGCAGUACCCGUAGCCCAAGUGUUUUUUAGGGCCUGUAACAUGUUUGCUCUUGGGACAAUGGAGAGGGGGAGAUGGGAAACCUGUUACAUCAGUACAACAGAGAAAGGAGUGCAGGUGCCUUCACAGGGAGGGGCCUAGCUGAUGGCAGAUGACGUGACCUUGCCUUUGCUUUCUACCAUUCCACAUCCCCAUAGACUGUUCUUGAAGGGUUGAGUGAGCAUCAGAAUCAACAAUAUUCCAAAAGUACCUGGAGAACUAUUUGCCAUACAUUUUCAGCCUUAUCAUCAUUUGAGCUCAUUGAACUUGAACUUGAUUUAAUCAAAGACCCGCAUACUAGAAAGAGGAGAGUUAGUCUACCAAGAGGUUUGGCAACGCUGGAGUGGAUCAAGAGAAGUUGAAGAAAUAUUUGUGAUCGUCCAUUUGUUUCCUUUUCAUCAUUUGAGAUUAUUUCACCACCUGCAUACUUGGAAGAGGGGAAAAGCCCAUUGUGACGUAAGUAGGCCUUUUUUCCCCAGUUACUUAGAUGAUUGAUUUCUCACUGUCUAUUAUGUUAAGUCUUUUUCAGACACUCAAACCAUUUAUGACUUGCUGGAAUGAAACUGAACGUUGAUUUACCAGUUGUUCAAUAAAAACAAGUCAUUCUUGAAUGAUUUGUGAGCUCGUCAGACGCUCAAACCAUUGAUGUUUCAUUAUAAAGCAGUGGGAGAUUGAUUCAAUUGUUUAGUCAGUACUACUUGUAAACAACAUCUUCAUUUACUUCUUUGUCUACAUUUUAUAAGUUGCAAAUGUACACAGACACGGGGCUAGACGAUUUCUCCAACAUCAAACGACUGAGUCCCUUUCACAUUUUGGGCCCCGGCACAUGUUUUGUUGUUGUUGUUGAAUUCUAACAUCUGCCUCCGUGUUUCCCCACCGAUUUGAAUACUUCAGAGGCACCACUAUCAAAUUGAUUUCAAACAACUGGAUCCAUCUUUUUUUUCUACAGAUCUCAGUACAUUUCAAAAGGCGCCACCAGCAGACCAUUCAAGAUGGAUAAGUUCCGUAUGAUGUUCCAGUUCCUCCAAUCCAACCAGGAGUCCUUCAUGAAUGGCAUCUGUGGUAUCAUGGCCCUAGCUAGCGCCCAGCUCUACUCAGCCUUCGAGUUUAGCUGCCCUUGUAUCCCGGAGUACAACUACGCCUACGGGAUUGGACUGCUGGUUAUCCCACCUAUAUGGUUCUUCCUACUAGGGUUCGUGUUGAAUAACAAUGUUUCGAUGUUAGCUGAGGAGUGGAAAAGGCCGACGGGGAAGAGGGUGAAGGAUCCGACGAUCCUUCGUUACAUGUUCGUUUCGAUCACGCAGCGGUCCUUGAUCGCGCCCAUGGUGUGGAUAUCUGUGACUCUUAUGGACGGGAAGAGCUUCCUGUGUGCGUUCAGCGUCAACUUGGACAUUCAUCAGUUUGGGAAUUCGACCCUCAUUGAGGGAAUGACGGAAGUGGAGAUUGUUAAAUUGUUAGCGAAGAUUCCAUGCAAGAAUAUCUUCAAUCAGCCCGAGGUGAUAUCGAGAGAAGCGGCAUCGAGAUAUAUCAAGUGUAUAUCCCAGGCGUUUGGCUGGGUAUUCCUGCUGCUGAUGACCUUAGCAGCCUUCAUGAUACGAGCCAUCCGACCCUGCUUCACCCAAGCUGCCUUCCUCAAGACCAAAUACUGGUCUCACUACGUCGACAUCGAACGCAAGCUCUUCGACGAGACGUGCAAGGAGCACGCCAAGACCUUCGCCAAGGUCUGCAUCCAGCAGUACUUCGAGAGCAUCAGCGGCGACAUGCGCAGCUUCCACAAGCACCGGUCAAGCAAAGACGAUAGCGACGAUGAUGAUGAUGACAAGAAGAAGAGCGACGAGGACAAGCUUCUCGGGAUCCACGACCAGGACGAUAUGAAUAAAGUUCUGUGGAAUUGGCACACGUGUAAGCCACCUCUGGCACUGAGGAAGGAACAGUCGGAUGGAGAAUCCCAUGAAGGGCUCAUACCAAAUGGAGACGUCCAUGGAGUCAGUGGAGGACCAAAUGGAUAUGCUAACGGUCACGCUCCUGAUUUGCCUAAGAGGGAAUGGGCGGUAUACUACAGCAAAGUUUGAACAUUUCAAAAGAGGAAAAAGCACCAUUCACUGUGGCAUGGAUAUUUUUGAUUGACUAUUUAGACUGAUAAGACUGAUUGUCCUUUACGAUUUAGACUGUGGUUUAAAGAUAGAAUUGAAGUCCUUUUUGUGGUGUGAUCAUUUAUAAUAAUUCAUAUUUUGAUGGAGGGCUUAGUUGGAAAUGAUUCCUGGCAUCCAACAUCAAACACUCCCAAAUUGGCACUUUUGUUGCUCCUUGGUUUCAGAGUGGUUACCUGUAUUUUUUGUUAGAGUACCCAAAGGGGGAACCUUACUUGAGUUGUUGUACAUAAUGUGUCAGAUAUGUCAUGAGGAUGUACAGUCUGUUUCUUGUUAUUACUGCUAUGUGUAGACUUUUAAAAAUUCUUUAUCAAUUAAACCAAACAUCAAAUGGC